UUGGCAGCCUUGGCAGCCUUGGCAGCCUUGCAGACGAUAUGGAAGGACAAGAGCUCUGCAGGUAUUUGAUUGUGAAGGGUUAAUUAUUUCACUUCUUCUAUGGCGUGUGACGUCUGUUCCCUCCUUUAAGCUGCUCCCGCUUAUACUGUGCUAGUUGUAGGACAUCAAGUGUUCCGAACUACGCUGGAAGAAGGGGUAAGAAAGGCUGCGUUUCUCAUGAAACUCUUUCAUGAACUGCUCUUUCAUUUCAUGUCAUUUAAAACGUUUUUACCAACUCGGUACUAAUGCUAUCACCAGCACUUAGUGCUCACAAGCACUUAGGCAGCACUCUGUGUAAAGAUGUGCUCUCUAGGCGCAGGUGACCUUCGUGUGUGUCUUACUGCAUCGGAAGUAGAGUGUGAACAUUUGCUGGUGAGGAAGACCUUGGUGAGGAGGAAAAACGUGUUCACAGAGACUGUCUGUCCCUUCCUGGCAGAACGAUGCGACCCUUUGUUCCCAGAGAGUAGCAGGUUUCUUUGCCGAUGCAGAUGCAGGCUGCCGACACGGUGCACGCCAGGGCACAGGUGUCCGUGUUGCAGCCAAUUCCGGCCUUGGCUAGGAGAGAUAUAAGUUCAAAAAGAGCCUAUAUGAGGCCACAUUGCUGGUUCAUCACUUCCACCUUUGUUGCACCACGCUUAGGCAGGUUGAAGAAAUCUGUCUGGGUAGACAUAGAGCAGGUCGAAGAGUUGUCUGAGUUAUAAUUUUAAGUGAAUAGAAGAUGGGUGUAAACGUUGGUCUUCUUUGUUAUAUCCCACCCACGGCUGUGGUUUCAUCCAGUCUUAUUCACUGUGUGUCACCACCAGUGACACCUCAGUGUAGCUGAGGAAAUGUGGCUACAGUCUAUGCUGUGAGCUUUGGGAGCAGCCUCCUCAGUAGAUUUCACUUACUGGAUACCUCUAUUUUAUACCUCCUCAUUUUACAGUAGACCUGGAACUGCAGAGUUUCAACCCAGUGCACCCCAAGCUUUUUAUGGACAGAAUAGCCAUCAGUGUCCGGAUGUGCUCAGGGCAAACAAUUCUAGGGUCCAUUUUUCUCAGUCAGUAUUAUUUGCUCUUUCGUCUUGAAAAACAAAGCACAGAACAAACUUCAGACACAUACCUGAACAAAAAGGUGAAACUCUGACAAGCUGGAAAGCGUGUGGAGGCCUGGCAUAAACUCACAGACCUGAUCCCAAAACUGAGGAGGAGGAAUAGCUUGGUCUUCCAGGAUUUCCUACUACGUCUCCCUUUUCCUUGUAACUAAGCACAGGGCUUCACCAAAUUGGUGUGGCCUACCAGAAAUAGAAGUGCAGAACUAUUUAGACCAGUCUCCUUUUCAGAUUGGGCACACGUUCCGUCCUGUGCAUGAGGAAUCUUAUUUAUCACGCUGUCAUACUUAUUUCUUUCUCAGUAUUCGUCCCGAGUCAGGAAAUGAGACACACUCACCCACGCAGAAGAUGCCACAACAAACAAAAAGGCUGACAGUGAGAUCUUGCUUUCAAAGUCUUCUCAAGCUAUGAAAUCAUCGUACGGGUCUGCUGCUUUUACUGUCCUUGUGGUUCUCGCUUUGGUUUUAAUGAAGUGCAGCUGAGGGGUUUUUUUAUACGAAUAAAAGGAAAAGGCCAAAGCUUGGUGAAGUCAUUAGGUGCAGGUAGAAGACACCUUGCAAUCCCUUUCAUAUCACCGUGCCUAAUUCAUGCGUUUUGGGCUGCAUUCGGCCUGCGGCAAACACAGACAUCUCGGGAAUGCAGUGUCUUGCGGCUGCUUGGGUAGAAUGCCGCCAAAUUCCCGUUUGAAAAGUCGUGUUUCCACUUCAUGUACCUGGAACGCGGUGAGGCGGGCCCUGCACGAAAUGAUAGAACUGGCUCCUCAGAUGGGAAAGAGCAAGAUGUCUUUCGUGCAAGACGCCGGGCUACUUCUCCGUUUUCUGUGCAGCUAAUCACAGGGUUUUACCGCAACUGCUGGGUCUUAGGGAGAAUCAAAGUGCAGAACGCCUUCAUUCUGCCUGUGCGCGAGUGCGAGCCGGCUGCAGUGGCGGCGCGGGGCCUCCGGGUGCCGCUGUUGCCCAACGCGGCGCCGCAGCCGCAGCCGGAGACGAAGCCGGAACCGGAGCGGCCGCAGCCUCCCGCGGGGCGGCAGCUCGCUCGCACAGCGCCCGCCUCGGAGCCGGCAGAGCAGAGCGCAGCAGAGCGCAGCAGGGCAGCGCAGAGCAGGGCAGCGCAGAGCAACGCAGAGGCGGGCUGGCUCUCGCCGCGCCGCGCCUGCUGAUCCGCGAGCCAGCUGCGAGGGAUCUGCAGAGCAGGGAAGCGUCGGAGGACGGGAGGAGAGGCGCCGGGAAGGCGGCGAGCGGCGGCGAUGGGAGCGGGGCAGGCAGCGCAGCGCCGCGCAGCAGCCAGGCACGUCGCGCUGCUGGCCGUGCUGCUGCCGGUGUGCUGCCGGGCGGCGCCGGAGCGGCUGCGCUACGCCAUUCCCGAGGAAACGGGCAGCGGCUCCGUGGUGGGGCCGCUGGCGCGGGACCUGGGGCUGAGCCCGGCAGAGCUGCCGGCACGCCAGCUGCGGCUGGUCUCGGCGGCUAAACGGCACCUGAAACACUUCGCCGUGAGCGCGGAGGACGGGCACCUGUACGUGAGCGAGCGGCUGGACCGGGAGGAGAUGUGCGGCGACUCUGUGUCCUGCUCCGUCAGUUUCGAGGCGGUGGUGCAGAACCCGCUCAACGUUUUCCACGUCGACGUGGCUAUCCAGGACAUCAACGACAACUCCCCGGUCUUCAGCAAGGCUGCUCUCGACCUGGAGAUCGGGGAAUUGCUCCUUCCUGGUGCGCGAUUUCCGCUGGAGAUGGCGCAAGAUCCGGAUGUGGGAAGCAACUCGCUGCUCAGCUACCAGCUCACGGAAAACCCGUCCUUCAGCCUGGCAGUGAAGGAGAGCCCGGAUGGAAGCAGGCAGCCCGAACUGGUGUUAGAAGCAGCUUUGGAUCGUGAGCAGCAGAGCUCCUUCCAGAUGGUGCUGACGGCGGUGGACGGUGGGGCUCCAGCGAGGUCUGGCACCGUGCAGAUUCGCAUCAACGUGACGGACGCCAAUGACAACGCGCCCGUGUUCAGCCGAAGCGCCUACGAGGCGCGAGUGCGGGAGAAUCUGCCGGCGGGGUCGCUGGUGCUGCAGGUCCGAGCCACGGAUGCGGAUGCGGGCUCCAACGGCCGAGUCUCCUACUCCUUCAGCAACGUGCCGCAGGCUGUGCGCGCUGUCUUCAGCGUAGACAGCGACAGCGGCGACAUCCGCAAUGAGGCGAUUCUGGAUUUCGAGGAGAGGAAUGAGUACACCUUCGGGGUGGAAGCGAGGGACGGCGGCGGGCUCAGCGGUCACUGCAAGGUCCGCGUCGAGAUCACAGACGAGAACGACAACGCGCCCGAGAUAACGACGUUGUCGGUGUGGAGCCCGGUGCCCGAGGACGCCCCGCCCGGCACCGUCGUGGCGCUCUUGAACGUGCACGACGCGGACUCUGGCGACAACGGGAAGGUGCGGUGCGAGCUGGACGGCGAGUCGCCGUUCGCCGUGGUGGCGUCGUCGGGCAGCUCGUACAAGGUGGUGACGGCGAGCUUGCUGGACAGGGAGCGGGCGGCCGAGCACAACGUGACGGUGGUCGCCAGCGACCGCGGCAGCCCGGCGCUGUCCAGCCGCAGCGCGCUGGCGCUGGCCGUGUCGGACGUGAACGACAACGCGCCCGUGUUCGAGGAAGCCGCCUACAGCGCCUACGUGGCGGAGAACAACGCGGCGGGCGCGGCGGUGCUGCGCGUGCGCGCGCGGGACGCGGACGCGGGCGCCAACGGGCGCGUGAGCUACUGGCUGGUGGGCGGCAGCGCGGGCGAGGCGGCGGCGUCCUACGUGUCGGUGGAGGCGCGGAGCGGCGCGCUGUACGCGCAGCGCUCCUUCGACUACGAGCAGUGCCGCGAGUUCGCCGUGGAGGUGAGGGCGCAGGACGGCGGGUCGCCGGCGCGGAGCUCGACGGCGACGGUGCGCGUCUUCGUGGUGGACCGCAACGACAACGCGCCGCAGGUGCUGUGGCCGGCGGCGUCGGCGUCGAGCCCCGGCGCGGGCCCGUUCGAGGUGGUGCCGCGGUCGGCCGAGGCCGGCUACCUGGUGGCCAAGGUGGUGGCGGUGGACGCGGACUCGGGGCGCAACGCCUGGCUGUCGUACGAGCUGGUGCAGGCGACGGAGCCGGCGCUGUUCCGGCUGGGGCUGCACAGCGGCGAGGUGCGCACGGCGCGCGCCGUGUCGGAGCGGGACGCGGCGAGGCAGCGGCUGGUGGUGGUGGUGAAGGACCACGGGCAGCCGGCGCUGUCGGCCACGGCCACGCUGCACGUGGUGCUGGCCGAGAGCUUGCAGGAGGCGCUGCCGGCGCUGAGCGAGCGGGCGGCGGGCGCCGAGGCGCCGGCGGACUUGCAGUUCUACCUGGUGCUGGCGCUGGCGCUGCUCUCCGCCUUGUUCGUGCUGAGCGUGGCGCUGGCCGUGGCGGCGCGGGUGCGCCGCGCCGGGCCGCCCGCCGUCCUGCGCUGCCUGGGCGCCGAGCGCUUCUCCGUGGCCGGCCCCGCCUUCCCGGCCGACUUCUGCGAGGGCACCUUGCCCUACUCCUACAACCUCUGCGUGGCCCCGGGCCGCGCCGUCGCCGAGUGCGCUUUGCUGCCGGCCCCGCUGCCCGCCCGCGCCGUCGAGGAUCUUCUCAGCGGGGAGCCGCCCGCGAUGCUGACGUCGAGCAGCAGCCGUGCGCCGGCAGAGCCGCCGUCCGACGCCGACGCAGUGCAGGUCGGUAAGCCGACCCCAGUCCCCUUCUCUCACACCUCGUUAGCAUUUAUAGUUUUGUUAAUCUUUAGCAAAAUUCGUUGGUUCUCCACGAGUAUAUUUGAAUAUUACAUACGAGUGGGGCCUUUAGAAGUGAAUGAGCGAGUGAAUGGAAGAAACAAUAGUAUAACGCCCUCUUUUUAAGAGCAACAUGUGCUUUCGUAAGGUUCUUUUGAUAACUUUUUCGGAAAUGUACCGAAGAGAAUACACAGGGAAUUGAUUGCGGAUACUUGUCAUUUUAUAAGCUAUCAUAGAAAUUAGUGACAUAAAUGCCUGUUGUCACAUUGAAUGACACGGGUAUUUUAACAGCCAGUCACAACAGUCUUGUAGCUCAUGAAAGAUCGUGUAACUCGUACUUCACGCAAUACUGCUUUUCCCUCCUCCAAAUAGCAUCCGAGCCGCCGUCGGAUGCCGACGCAGUGCAGGUCGGUAUCCGACCCAGUCCUCUUCUCGCACCCUUCGUUAUCUUCACACCGAGCGCGUGUGUCUGUUUGUGUGUGUGCGUGUCUUUUUGUCUCUCUGUGUGUGCGUGUGUGUGUGUGCGCGGCAGGGGCUGGCGGCGGGGGCUUCUGUCGUUUGCACUUGUCUGCUGCGGUGGGAAGGGAUGAUCGUUUUUCUCGUGACUAACAGGAGGAAGUGAACCACGGCCCCUUUCGCGUCCUCACCAGGCACAUGCGUAGGCUCGCUUGGGAGGUUGUGGUCGAUAGAGUAGUGCCGUUUGAAGCCGUUUGCAUCAGUAAUGAUGAACGUAGGUCCUCCUUGUCUAUAUUGCAAUUUAUUGCUUCUGCUUGUGGGGAGUGGGCGAAUGGGACUGACGUUUCAGGAUGACAAGGGUUGUUUUGUUUCCCGAUUUUCGGCGUGUGGGGAGCGCCUGGAGGCCGGGUGUGCUCAUGCCGCUGAACG